CACCAGCACUCACUGUGUUUCCCAUCUAACGCUUUUCAAACUCAGCUUCGUCCCGACCGCGUUUGAGGAUUGAAAAUGUUUCUUCUUCUCAGCUGUUGGAUUCUUGCAGGAAUCACGGCAGAGGACGAAGUACUGACACAUUAUAAGAUGACAAACAGCUCAAUAUGUCUCAAUGUUACAAAACCACCACCGCACACGCGUGCUUCGUGGAACUUUGGUGGAAAUUUCAUUGCCUCUAAAGAAGUUAGUAAUCCCAACUAUGCAAAGAAAAUGGAAUUCAAUCCCUCGAAUUUGACCUUGUGCAUUAAAGAGCUGACGGACAAGGACGCCGGUGACUAUCAUUUCGAAUAUCUCGACUCUGGGUAUAAGUCCCGCUCUGAGAUACACAGAGUCAUCGUUCAAGACAGUGUCCCCAGGCCUGUCAUCCAAAUGUCCGUCCUGCUCUCCAACCUUUCUGCUGGACUCUGCAGCAUCGCGGUCAACUGCUCCGUCCAGGACGAAUGGGUGUGGGCCGUCUGCGGUGAGGACCGCUGUCGAGUGUCUCAGAGUUUGAACCAAAAGGUCAACAUCGCCAUCAUGGCCGCCGACAACUGGACCGUCGUCUGCAGCGGCAACAAUCAAGUUAGCGCAAAUAAUGUGUCUGCAAACAUGUCAACAACGUGCUUCAGUAAAGUUGAUCCUGAACUCGGAGAGGCAUCACAACCUUUACUCACAAUAGUAGCAGUUGCUGCAGUGUGUGUGUCUCUCAUCGCAUCAAUUGCUUUCUUUGUUCUGAGGCUCUUUUCACAUUCUAAUGACCAACAGAGACAGACGUUGGUUGAGGAACAGCCACAGCCUGAGCCCAGAGUCUCUACCUCUUCCUCCAGUCCGUCUGAGGCCGCUUAUGAAAACGUGGACGCCGCACAGCUGGUUGAGGAGCUGGGGUCCUCGCCAAGUCAGGAAGUGCAGACUGUCUACAGCGUGGUGCAGGCAGCAAAUGUGACUCCUCCCCCUGUUGAGAGUGACACGCUGGGAGAGGCUUCACACUCAGAAGUUAUCACCGUGUACAGUGUGUUGCAAAAGCCCAAAACUCUGAAGUCACAGCAGCACCAACAGGUCACAUGACACCAUCGGACGGGGCUGUCCAGAUGGGACAUUCAUGCAAAAUAUUCACUUUCUUUAAACUGGAAAUCACAACUUUAUUCAUGUACUUCCUGUUUCUCACUCGAGUCAGAGAGAAAAAAUCCAGAUGAGCCUGAAAACUACUGGAAUUUCUGUGAUAACGAUCAAUGAACUGAACGGACUUCUGUCUCAUGGGAUAAAUAUGAUUCCAUGUUAUGAAAGUGAGAAAGAAUUCUAAAGGUUGUUGAUGUGCAGGAUGAAAAAGUAAGUUUAGAUGCCUUGAGUAAUGUUUGGACGUUCGUUCAUUCAUCAUUCUACUGUUGGCAGCAUUGAAACACCAGAGAUGCAUGUUUAACCUCAUGUUAAAUAGAAAUACUAGAUUAAUGAAUCAAAUGUGACAGAUCUCAGUCAAAGAAGAAAAAAGACUUUCAUAGAUUUCUGUUACAUCUCGGAAGAUGUAAAAAUACAUCAAGAAAAAAGUGGUGUUGUUUUGUGGUUAGUUAUAAAUAAGAGCAGCUCUUCCCAUGUUAAAUAUAUUUACAUAUCGUAUUUCUCAUGAAAAGCUGAAAUCAACAUCUCCACUUCCUGUCGUAUGAAUAUGAAGCCAAAGUGUUCAAGCAGGAGUUUCUCUGUGAAUUUAUAUUGAACCUGUAUCCACCAUGUACUGGAGAGUAUACAUGAACCGUUCCUACAUAAUUCUUAAUGAUAUGAAUAAAGUACAUCCUGUAUCACUCCUUAGCAACGUGGGACACUGUGUCGUUGAAUGUGCAUCAGA